AUGGGUUCUUCUGUGGAGCAGAGCAUUCUGGUGACUGGUGGUGCUGGAUUCAUCGGGACACACACUGUUGUUCAACUCUUGAAUCAAGGCUUUAAGGUUUCGAUCAUCGAUAAUCUUGAUAACUCUGUCGUCGAAGCUGUUCAUAGGGUUCGUGAGCUCGUUGGUCCUGAUCUCUCUACCAAGCUUGAAUUCAAUCUGGGUGAUUUAAGAAACAAAGGGGAUAUUGAGAAACUCUUUUCCAAUCAGAGAUUUGAUGCUGUGAUUCACUUUGCUGGUCUUAAAGCUGUGGGUGAAAGCGUUGGAAACCCUCGUCGUUACUUUGAUAAUAAUCUGGUUGGAACAAUCAAUCUGUAUGAGACAAUGGCAAAGUACAACUGCAAAAGGAUGGUGUUUUCAUCGUCUGCAACAGUUUAUGGCCAACCCGAAACAGUCCCAUGUGUGGAAGACUUUGAGUUACAGGCUAUGAAUCCUUACGGUCGUACUAAGCUGUUUCUUGAAGAAAUAGCCAGAGACAUUCACGCAGCUGAACCAGAGUGGAGGAUAAUUCUUCUGAGGUACUUCAAUCCAGUGGGAGCUCACGAGAGCGGAAGAAUUGGAGAAGAUCCAAAAGGCAUACCGAACAAUCUCAUGCCUUAUAUACAACAAGUUGCUGUUGGGAGAUUACCUGAACUCAAUGUAUUUGGACAUGAUUAUCCCACUAAGGAUGGUAGCGCGGUAAGAGACUACAUUCAUGUAAUGGAUUUAGCAGACGGUCAUGUUGCUGCACUGAACAAGCUUUUUACUGACCCAAAGAUUGGCUGUACUGCUUACAAUCUUGGGACUGGUCAAGGAACUUCUGUCUUGGAAAUGGUUUCUGCUUUUGAAAAAGCUUCUGGCAAGAAAAUCCCUAUCAAGCUAUGUCCAAGAAGAGCUGGAGAUGCAACAGCUGUUUAUGCUUCAACUGAGAGAGCUGAGAAGGAACUCGGAUGGAAGGCAAAAUAUGGAGUUGAUGAGAUGUGCAGAGAUCAAUGGAAUUGGGCAAAUAACAAUCCAUGGGGUUUCCAGAAAAAGCCUUGA